AUGCAGACCAGGCGGUCCAGCAAGGCCGCUGCAGCCGCGCCAGCAUCGCCUCCUGCCCGUCCAGGCGUCAGGCGAAACCCCCCGAGAGCCACGAGGCAACAAGAAAACCAGGAUGACGGCAGGGAUUCUAGUUCUGACCUCGGUCCUGCCCUAACCUCUGCUUCCACCAUACUACAAAAGGGCUUUCCUCCUACCCCCCAUCCUUCUGGCGUCGGUCCUCCUUCAACACCCCCAGUUGCCCCUUCGGCAUCGGUUCCACCGCCGAACGCAUCUCCUUCGCUACCGAGCGUGCAAUUGCCAAAGGGCCUGACAUCUGUGCCACGCAAAGGAUCCCUUGUGUUCGAUCCAGUACCGCGCCGAGGGGCCCCUCGCCGAGCCAGCCACAGCAGUAUAAGGAUAAGCCCUGAGAGGGAUUCUGACGACGAGCCUUCCAUCGCACAGCCUCCCAAAUCCGCAGCGGAGCUGCUCACGGAAGAAAUGGUUUCGCGUGAAAUUGAGGAGGCGGAGCACCAGCUCAAGAUCGAAGCUGUCGACUCGUUGGCAAGGGACGCCAGGAACGUCAUCGGCCAGCUUCAGAACAAAUCGCGGCCAUCCUACAAAACAGUACUGUCUCUGAAGAUGCAGGCCUUCGAGGCCUCUCGCCGCGUUUUCCUUGCCCAUGGACAAGCAUUCCCCUUUAUCCAGUACGAGUGGCUGAAAAAGACAAGGCUCAAAAUCUCGGAAUCCACGCGCGCUACUGCUCUUCUUGCCAUCAAACUGGCAAACAUCGCCACCGCGCUUGGCCACAUAGAGAGGAUCGAAUCCGAAGGAGAGAGCUUGAAGCCAUUCCUCGAUGCCAUAGACACCAACUUCCCCCGCCUCUUUGCCGCUGAGGAAAACAAAGAGUACCUGUCACUCUCCUUGGAGAUACGAACUCAGCGAGCAAUCGAGCGCAUUGCCAGAUCCGCCGACGGUUGGCUCAUGGAUAGAUUUCAGAGCAUCUCACACUUGAUGGCAAAGAUCAAACAAGAAGAGGUGGCCAAGGAGGAGAUGCGGCUGCUGGAGCAACUGCGUCGGGAGGAACGACGUGCCCUUGAGGAGGAACGAAGGGCUCAUGAGGAGGAACGGCGAGCCAAGGAAGAAGAGCUCAGGGCUCGAGAGGAAGCCCUUGCUCGAAAACAGCGGCGGCAGCAGGACCAAGAACAAGAACGAAUUCUCAGGGAACGACAAGCCUCCCAAGAGAGCGCUCGAGAGGGAGCGCGGCGUCAGCAACAAGCUGCGCUCCCGGGAAGCUACCCAUCGCCCAAUGCUGCUGACAAGGACUCAUGGGCUUUUCAACAAGGCGCCCGGGAGAGCUCUCCUGAAAGCAUCAGUAGCUCUCAGCCUGAGCCAACACCACGACGCACCUCGAAUAACAGCCGAUCAUUGUUCAGCGCCAGGGACAUGGUCAGCAUGCUUAACGCGUCAUCUCUUCAAGAGCAGUCCACCUCAAAGUCCUCGCGCAAGCGAUCUACCCGAAGCGACCCUCAGGAGGUGGAGUCCGACGACGGCUUCGAGGUCGACCCGAGGCCUCACAAGAAGGGCAAGACAGCCACCUCCUCUACCACUGUGCGCAGAAGACCAUCGGAACAAAGAAGGUCAGACAGCAACGACUCGUAUCAUGACGAUAAUGACACUACCUCAUCCGCCCCCGUACAGCCGCCACGGGAAUCGCAAACGCGAGAGAGCCCUCCCGCCGCCGCCGCCGCCGCUCCUACGCCCUCCGCUCCAGACUACGCAGCCUUGCAGCACGCCAAGGAGGUGAACCGCAUGACAGCGCGACUGGACAAGCCGCGACCUCAUCAGACACGCCACCCCUGGAGCGAAAGGGAUUCCAACACCCUGAUUGCGCUCAUUGCCAAGCGCGCCGCGUCCUGGGCCGACAUCGACAGGUUCGACAACGCGAAGUUUGAGCAUCUGCGCAACGCGCAAGCGUACCGUGACAAGGCUCGCAACCUAAAGGUCGACUUCCUCAUCUCCGAUGCGCCGUUGCCCCGGGGCUUCGAUCAGGUGGCGCUGAGCCGUAAGGAAAUCGAGAAGGUGGUUAACACGGGCAAGAAUCCGUAUAGGCGGGAGCGCGAUAUCGACGAUCGUGGGAGGCCCACGAAUACGGCGUAUGUCCCAUAA